AUUAUGCAAAUGAGCUGACGUCACCCGGCCGGUUCCAAACGCAGAACAGGCGGUGAGACGAUCUGGGAGUAAAGGUGUCAAUUUGAGUCCAUGUGAAAUCCUCGACUAAUCGCCCAAAAUAUGGACUUCCAGUGGGUUGGUAGCUCCUGUGGCCAGCAUGGACCUUACACUUUCUACAAGGCCUUCAGAUUCUCCCACGAAGGAAAGCCAAGAAUUUUGUCUCUGGGGGAAUUUUUCUUCCUUCGGUAUGAGCCGGAAGCUCCGCUGUGCUUGGGCGAACUGCAGCUCUUGUGGGAAGACCAUAACAACCAACAACUGCUGUCCAGUAGUAGGUUGUAUUUCCUUCCUGAAGACACACCGCAGGGACGCGACGAAGAACAUGGCCAGCAUGAGGUGGUGGCUGUUAGCCAGAAACUGAUCCUGAGGGUCCAGGACCUAGCCUCAUGGACAUGCAGCGGGAAGGACUGGCCGCAUGGUCUAGUGGUCCUGCCAGAGGACACAGGGAAGGGUCUAUCUGCAGGCAGCCUGGCAGAGAGAAUACAGCGCUUCUCACUCAACGGCACACUGAAUAUCUCUGAUGUACAAAAGGAAAGGCAGGAAACAGGAGCGCAAAGCGAUGACGAACCCAGCGUGAUCGUUUUAAGCUACCCCCGGUACUGUCGCUUCCGCGCCAUCAAGAGACGGUUGGCAGCAGUAGCCAAUCCAUGGCUGAGGGGAAAGUUAUCCGCCGCAUUGGGAGGGUUCAGUGUUGUCAGGAAAACUCACAUCAUGUACUGUCAGGACAGCUUCCACCAUCACGACCUCUAUGAUCAUCCACACAUCUGUGAUGAGCUAGCCCCCAACUUGAAAGGCCGGCCACGGAAGAAGCACAGACUUAAACUGAAGCAUAAGGACGGAGAGAAGCAUGUCCUUAGUGGGGAGGGCAGAGGCCUCAAGGGAAAGGGCCACUGGGAUGGGAAGCUGCUGCUAAAGGCUGAGGGGAACAGCCGCACACGUAAGCAUCACAGAGAAGCGGAUGUGGAAGCACAUCUAUGACAAGUUGGGAGGGAAUCCAGGGAGUACAAGUGCUGCCACGUGUACAAGGAGACACUAUGAAAAGUUGUUGAUGCCAUUUGAGCGUUACCUGCGAGGUGAGAAGGACGUGCCCCCCCCUCCCAUCAAACACCGCGCCCGCAAACAGAAGGAUGCAGAGGACAAGGCAGUCAGGGCAAAGAUCAAGGACCUCAUCAAGAAAAAUGAGGACCAGCAACCAGGCAAGUCUUUGGAUGGCACUGUUUCUGCACUGGCCAGUACCACAGAAAGCAGCCAGCCUGGCUCAACAGCCACGGUUGCCACAACUAAUACCGUAUCAGUGUCUGGUGCUCAUGGGAAGGAGUCGUUAGUCAAACUUUCCAUACCCAGUGUAAAACCAAGUAUCAACCCAGGUCCACCAUCUGCACACAAAAGGAAACCUAUGCAACAGGUGCCAGCCUCUGGGUCUCCACAUGUUGUGGCCAUUGAAAUUCAGAGACCGGGUGUGGCUCCUCCCCCUCUUACAAGUGCUACAAGAAAGGCACAGCCACUGCCUGCCAACCGAGACGUUAUCCGGGGACGCAGCACUGCCCCGCUGCAGCCAUCUCAGGCUGUUGCACCGUUACAGAAGAGUAUUCGGCCUUCAGCUAACGUCUCUGUCAACAACAGUGAGAAGGCUGCUUCGGCAUACGUCUCCUCCAGGGAGAACGUGCCAGUUUCAACUACCUCAAAGUCAGUUCCUUUGUUAAGUGACAGCGAAUUGGUGCUAGAACUAACUACCAAGAAGGACAGUCAGGGAUCCCUGGUGGAAGGGAAGGUGGUUACCACACCGAACUCACGCCUGCAAGGGGAGCGGAGGCUGACCAUACCUGGCAAACCUCUGUAUCCUCCACCUCCCCUAAUUAAGGAUGGCAACCACAGGUCAGCAGUGCACGCAGAGGUCAAACCUGAGCCUACUGCACACAUUCAUGUGAAGAGCAGUCCAGCCGUUACCAACCCGGCUCCUGGCUCUGUUGUGAAGGUAUUUGUUCCAGAGAGAAGACAGGCAAAUGCCCCAGAAGUCAAGGUGAACCCUACGAGGUCAACAAGAUCACCUCCUGUGUCCAGGUCAGAACCUGCAAACAGUAGACCAUCAGUGAUCCAACACACUCAGAAAGUCAAGCCAACUAGUGCCAUCCACCCUGAUGAUCUCAUCCUGAGGCAGAUGUCACAGCAGCGGGAUCACGGUCAGCAUCAGAAGUUGAUGCGGCCGUCCAACAGCAUGACUGGCCACAAGCGGACAUUGCCACCCACGGAGCAGCUAGAGCGGCACUACAUGUCCCAACUUCUAGCUGCCCAAGCCAUGGCUGGUCAGUUAGAAUUGGAAGCAUACUACCCUCUAGCAAAACGACCACGGGUAGACUCACCAUCGUUUGGUAAGGAAAACGCUGAUGCCAAAUACUACAGCAACAAGUUCCAGACCUUCUUCCCAGAAGAUAAAGGUGCUCAGAGUGAGUGUCUACAGCCCGGCAGGUCGGCCGAUGAUUCUGACCAACCAACUGAUCUCAGUCUUCCAAAAUCCAAGGUGUCAGAAGAGGAAGGUUCCUCAAGACCAGUGGUAAAUGACAACAGACAAGCAGACCAGUUGGGCAGUAACUUGAGAGAUCUCUCUGCCUUACAGGAAGGUCUUCCAGCAAACCUGUCUCACAAACUCAAAUCUGAAACAGAACGAUCUGGAGGCGAAGCUAAGCCGGGGCUCUCAAAGAUCACAGUAUCCAUACCAGGGGGUAAGCAUGACGACAAGCGGCCUGCACAUACAAAAACAGUUGUCUCCGUGCCUCCAUCUGUCAUUCUCACAACAUCACCAUCCAAAACAACCUCGUCCAUGUCACGGUCCCACACAGAAAGCACUCCUUCCCACCAGCAGAUUGUCAUCCCCGACUACAACCCCAACCUACCACGGAGGAUGGAUGUCCGAGACGGGGUGCCCCAUGUCAUGAUCACAGACUACAACCCCAACCUGCCCAAAGCUCCCCUCCUCAUGCCGGAGUACAGUCCCCACCUACACUCUCCUCCCUAUGCCCACCCUCACCUGUUAAUGCACUCUCCCCAGGGACAGGUCCAACUGUCGUCCCACCCUGCCGGCGUGUAUGCGGGACACUUCCACUCGGCCAUGUACGAGGAGAUGCUCAGGCAGCACCUGAUAGGCACACAUGCCUAUCCCAUGCAGCUGCCGCACCCGUCCAUGUUCCCACACCUGCCAGAGGGAUCCUUCCCCCCGCAUAUGUACCACAGUAACUAGGAGAAAAUCUUAUGUUUCUUGUUCAGGCGUCAAAUUUUAAAAGAAAUGUUAUUCAUGUAAGUAAUAAAGUGAUUCUAACUUUUAAACUAAGGAUAGGUUGCAUGUUGAAAGAUGACAAUUUUCAUAAUUUCAGGACCAAGUAUUAGAGGUAUUGUAGUGUGAAAAUGUUACUCAUAACUUCGUUAUAAAGACACAGUGAGGGGCAUUCAAUCUAUAACUAAAAGAUAUGAAAAGAGGCAGACCUACUAUAUUAACUCCCACAGUAUUAUGUGCUUCCUUCGUAUCCAAUGUCUGUGAAAGUUGUAAAUACUAAGAAGUCUAAUAUUAAUUCUUUUUUUGUGUGUUGUUGUAGAUUUUUUUCGUAAUUGUUGUAUAUGCACCAAUUUUGAACAUAUGUCCACAUUGAGACAACAUUUUAUGUCUACAACUUCUAACGGCUUCACUAUUGCAUAAGAUAACAUCUGAUUUCCUUGUCCAUACAUUGCACAGCAUUGGCAAUCAGUUAUAUACAUGCAUUGCAAAGUAUUCUACCUUUAAUCAAAUCAAUUUUACUAUUGUUUUUGCAAACCCUGCCAGAUCUAUCCCAAGUUAUGUAAGACAAACUCAUGGCACGGUAACUUGACUAGAUGUAAGAUGAUUUUACAUUUUUAUGCAGUUACAAUCUACUAAUAACAAUCAACAAAUCAUCGGUCUUAGCAUGCUGUUAAUGCUGUUGUAUGCUGCUGCUAGAGGCGGUUUCGAUGUGUUCUCUUUCCAUGAAGCUGGUCUUCACUAUGAUAGCUCUGUGAAUACCAUGAGUGAAGAUUUUGGCACACUUUCUGUAUUAGUUGUUAUGUGAGAACAAUCAUGGACUUACAAAGAUACAAAUAUGAAGAAAAUGCACCCAUUUGUGCAAAAGUCAAGUAGACUGCAUGCUUACAGCAGGUUUAUAUAGGUCCAUUGCAUUGAGCCAUCCAAAUAGGACAAACCGAGUUCUCACUUACACCAUCAGAUGAGCAUUUGACAAACAUCAAGGAUUUUAGAGUAUUAUAGAGACAAAAACCCGAUACAUGUAUGAAAUUCUGUAAACUCAGGCCUCCCCUCCCUUUCUGCUUCUAUACAAGCUUUUGUUGUAUAGAAGCUUUUUACCAACUAAAAAACUGAACUUUUUAACAAAAGUAUCUUCUUAAAUGAAACAAAGGUUGACAUCAUUGUACAUUUUUAUUGCAGAUAUGUAUCUUGGGUAGAUGUUUUCACGUGUUUGUAUCAUGCCUAAGUGAUAGUAGCACAUUCCUAUAUUUAUUCUGCCCCUGUAAUCUAAGCACAAUUUGUUCUUAGUAUAUUACUAUUUAACAUUCCUGCUAGGAUUUUAUGGGACCACGAUUCAGAACUGUUGCCUUUUAUCUGUUUUGACAAUGAAAACAUUGUACUUGAAUUUGUAUAUACGUAUUAUUGAAAUCAUUCUUACCUAUAUAGUAAUGGCAUAUGCUGAGAUUUGGGACUUGUACAUGCAGAUAUGUACUUAAUGUUAAAAAUCUUUUACAUCAUUUGGUAACUCUUAUACUUGGACCACACCAGUUUAAUCAGUUGUCUAGGAUGCACAUGUAGUUGUGGGUGUAGGGUAAAAUUUAACAAAAAAGGCUGUAACUUAAGACUUUAUGGACAGAAAAUGGGCUUUGGGUGCAUAAAAAGCAGAAUUACCAAUGGCAAAACCCAGUGUACAUAUUUGUAAUGCCCGGCAUUCACUUCCCUUUUCAGAUAAAUAUUUUCAACAAGUUUGGUCCCUAUUGCUGACCAGAGUUGAACUUGAAGGAGUGAAUGAAAAGUGUUAACAGAACAGUAUUGAAUUUGGGAGCAACUUAAGAUCCCUUUCAGUAUAUUAGAUACUAAUAGCUAAUUGAAUUGAUGUGGUUACUACCUAUUUGCUUUUGUUACUUGAACCUUAUGGACAAUGGUAACCAUUGAGUAAAUGUACUGUAAUUGAAUACUCGAAAGUUGCACAAUACAUUUAUUCCAUUGAAGCAACUCUUCAGUAGUUAUAAAAUAAAUGGUUUGUGUUGGCACAUUUGAGCAAUAGCUGUCAACAUCCCAAUGCAUUGCUCUAUGUUGCAUCAAGGUUUUAUUAUGUUAAAACCUUUGCACACAGAAUGUCAUGUAGCUCCACUGGUGGCUGACAACAGUGAAAGAUUAAUAGGUGCAGAUUUGUGGUUAAUCAUAUUUGUACCACUUCACAUUUUUUCCUAUGAAAAAUUGCAUUUUGUAGCCCUACUAACUCUUCUCAGGUAAGAUUGAAUGCAUUGUAUUUAACUUUUUCAUACUUGUACAUACUGAUAACAACCUUUCAACAAUACACCUUUUUGCUGCAAGCCUGGAUAUCGAUUGUACUUAACUUUCAUAUCCAAUGCAAUGCAGCAUGCACAAAAUUGAGCUUAAGUUAUAAUUAUGGACUUCAUAAAUGGUUGAGUUGCCUCAAGCUUAACUUACAUGUACAAGUACUGUUGACUUCAGUUGAUUCAAUAUGUCCUUUGUGUGUGUUAGGAGUACAAUGAGUUUAUAGUCAGCUAGGUAAACUAUGAUGAAGUGAGCGUGAUGUCACUGAAGAAUUGGAGGAAGGUAUUAUCACUACACAAUGUAUCAUUUUCCCCAAAUGUUAAUUAUCAUAUGGAAGAAUUUUUCAAUAUUAUCACUCAAUUAAAGAAAGAUGUUAAUUUGA